AGUGGUGGUGGUGGUUACAAUAGUAAUAAAAAUUGUAGCAAAUAUAUAUAUAUAUAUAUGGAACUAUCAACGCAGUGGCACAUUUGUAUCUUGCCUGAGGUGCAACACGGUACUAAAAGAUUACGUUUGGCGGAGCUUUACUCUGCGGAGUCAAGAUGAAAGCCAUACUUGCAGUAACGAUUCUCACGGCUUUCGUGACCUUCGUUCAUAAUAGCGAAGCUGUAACAUGUCCACCAGAGAAUGAAGAAUUGGUUACUUUGAUUCCAAAUCCGUUAGACUGUACAACCUUUUAUAUAUGCAACGGAGGCACACCGUAUUUGAUGAAGUGCUCUCCAGGACUUCUCUUCAACCCUGUGGAGAAAGUAUGCGAUUGGCCUGCACAUGCAGGGUGUAAGCCACACAGUGAAACGACAACACUUCCGCCAACCUCAGAACCUGAAUGGACCACGACUCCCGAACCUGAAUGGACCACGACUUCGGAACCUGAAUGGACCACGACUCCCGAACCUGAA